CGCUAAGCACUGACCACGUAAGCAUGCGGUUUAAAAUGUCCCUUCCUACACAAACAGUCCCCCUCCUCCCCGUCUUUGGCAGUGGUUCUCCCCAGCACUCUGCAUCUCUCCAGCAGCGGACUCAAGGACCUGUGUGACCACCUCGACGUGCAACAGAAGGCUCUCUGAUAAUACCGGACCGUACAACGCACAGGACAACUUCCCCUCACAAUAUUACGCAUGGCUCUGCCUUUGCGCAAAAGCGCGACUCUAACAGCGACUUGGAAGUGACUGAUGGGAUUGUAAGACAAAAAAGACAGGGACAAAUAGAAAAAGACGAUUUGAGGAUUUUUCAAGAGGUUAUUCUCUUUGCGCAAAUAAUGAUCUCCAAAUGCAUAAAGGGGCACUUCAUUCUUACCGUGUAAUUAUCCUGCUGUAGGUGUAGCUCCGACGCAUAACCAGAAAUUCAAAUUUCAAACGGAGAUGGAUCUGUGGGGAGUUUAUCUCUUUCAUCUUAUAACUUUGGCUCUGUUAGAGGUUGUACAUGCCAGUAGAGACUGCUUGGUGGCCGGAGACUCGUGCUCGAGUGAUGAGACUUGUAGUCCACGUCUUCGUACUUUGCGCCAGUGUGUGGCAGGCAAUGGCAGCAUGAAACUGGGCCCGGGCGCCAGGAGCCAGUGUGCCAGUGCAGUGUCUGCUCUGCUGUCCAGUCCUUUACAUGGCUGCCAAUGUAAACGAGGAAUGAAGAAGGAGAAGAACUGUCUAAGCAUCUACUGGAGUCUGCACCAGUCUAUCAUACAUGGACUCAAGCUGGUGGAGAGUUACCCUUAUGAGACAGUGGAGAGGGAUUACAACUAUGUCCGCUUGGCCUCUAUUUCUGCUGACUCUGAUGUUGGCAUGACAACUGUGAAUCGCUGCCUGGAUGCAGCCAAGGCUUGCAAUGUGGACGACUUGUGCCAGAAGCUCCGCACAGAAUAUGUCUCGGCUUGUAUCAAACCCACUGCCAAGUCAGGCCUGUGCAACCGGCCCAAAUGCAAUAAGGCCCUGCGCAGGUUCUUUGACCGUGUUCCUGCUGAUUAUACACAUGAGCUGCUCUUCUGCCCAUGUACGGACACAGCCUGUGCAGAGCGUCGAAGGCAGACCAUUGUGCCCAGCUGCUCAUAUGAAACGGUGGAUAAACCCAACUGCAUUGCACAGAUGAGGAUCUGCAAAGCUGACUAUGUGUGCAGGUCUCGUCUGGCACAGUUUCAGUAUGACUGUGAACCGUCCAAAACAUCUGCCAGUGGCUGCAAGCAAGAGAACUAUGGAGCCUGCCUCCUUGCCUACACAGGGCUUAUAGGAAGUACAAUAACUCCCAACUAUGUUGACAACUCCACGUCCAGCGUAGCCCCAUGGUGCUCAUGCUCAGCCAGUGGGAGCCAGAGAGAAGAGUGUGAGAAUUUCCUGGGAUAUUUCACAGACAACAUCUGUCUCAGUAAUGCGUUCAUGAUGUUUGGAAGGGAAUCAGACCAACAGCCGACUCACAGCCAGUACAGCACAACCAGCCAAGGCAGAAGAGAAAACAGCAGCACCACCUCUCCACCCGGAACCAUAGAAACUAUGAGGAACAUUCUGGAUACAAUAAUACCAACACAGGUCUUGGGAAAUGAAUUACUGGUGGGCCACUCCACCAUGUCAUCUAACAGUCUCCUAAACGCUGCCUCACCUCACAGUCUAAUGCUUCAAGCUGCCUUCAGCCUUCUGUUGCUACUCCUUCAAAUCCUUAUCAAUGAACGCUAAAGAGCACAGGGGGCAUGCCAAGGAUUCUCCUAGUACCAAGCAAAUGGGAGGACCUGUGCAGUUCAGAGGAAGUGGACCGUGUGGCGUUAUUCCUCCCUCUAAAUUUGUACAGCGAUUCUGUUCUUCUAUUUUUCUCUCUAAAUAGUCCGGUUCCACCUGUCAGAGUUCUCAUUCUGAGUGUGGGAGCCUUUGACAGACAGAUGCCUGUCUGUGCAUUUGUAUAUUAUUGCGAUCAAGCUGAGAUGAAGUCAAGGUGCUGCUUCUGUGGACUAGCUAAGUUUUCAGCUCUCUGUGUAUCUCUAUUCAGUUAUAAUAUAACAAAUGUGUAUGAUAUUUAGACAUGAAGUAUGUACUGUGAAGAUUUGUAUUAUAAACAGAGGCUCUUGUUUAAAUAUGGUUCUGAAAAAUGACUGGAGAAAACUUUGUAUGUGCUCUGUGGAUAAAGUGUUCAGAAAGCUGCUGUCUCUUCAACGGAGUGAAAGAAGACCAUUAUACCUGACCAAUACUGGAACUGUUGAGCAACCAAGAGACAACAGAGCUGCAUUUCACUCAGACAUCCUGGACUAAUGCACUGAUUCCAAAAAUGUCUAGCACAACUAUCAAGAAGAGAUGUGGCGAGAACAUGAGAAAAACCUUGACAUCAUCAUCAUCUUUUCCAUUGAAACUGUCCCUUUCUCAAACUCCCCAGCAACAUUUCACUUUUUAUCGCUAAAACCUCAGAAGCUGUUGAUAGAAAAUAGAAGUCCUUGGUCUUUAUCAGCGAAGGUGACUUCUGGAACUUGAAAGGAAAUAACCAGAGAAGCUGAGACUCUUUACCUGUAGCUGCUGUGCUUUGUGUUUGUAAGUGCAAUGGCCCUUUGUUUCUCAUUGUGUAACUGACCAUUUCUAUACAGAGCUCUGAAUUUUUGUGCCGGAGAACAAAGGGAAUGGUUUUACUUAUUGAGGUGUCACCUACACCAGUAGGGAGCCUGUUAGAGAUUUGACAGUAAUGAAUGAUUCAGUAUUUCCUGUCUGGGAACAUGCCAACCAGAGGAGUAGCAAAUAAAAGUUCUCCGAUCAUUAUGAAUACAUUUUGCUAUUAUUCAACCUUUUCUAAUUAAAUUAGCAAUGUUUAGUGCUGUUGAAGUUAACACUAUUAGGUUACAAUUUCACUCCAUAUUUUUUACACUCACCAGAGUUUGAGAACCACUGACAGCUAAACUAACAGUCAUAAAACCUAUGAGGUACUAUCAAGUGAUUAUUUGAAGUAAGAAUAUAACAGGAUUUACAUAAUAAUUCAGCCCUUUUGACAAAGUCUGAUCUGUUUUAAGCCGAUAAAUUGCUUCAUAUUGGAGAUGCGCUUAUAUCUUGCUUCGAAUUCCUUAACGGCUAUUUGAAGCUAAUUUUAAAGGCAUUCAAUAUAUUAAUUAUACAUACUUAAGUUAAUUAUCUGAAAACUGUAUUGAUUUUUGCUGCACUUACUAGCUAUUACCAACAGUAGAUACAACUAGUGCUACAUGUUACUGCCAAAGACUAAAUAAGAAAAUACAAAAUUCACUAAUUUACUAUACCAUCAUAGCUGAACAUGUUGCAAAACAUAUUUUUUAAAAGGAAAGCCCUUAUUCAUAAGAGGCUCAACAGAGUAAACACACACACACACACACACACACACACACACACACACACACACACACACACACACACACACACGAAUUGCCGUGAAAUGAGUAUCAUGAGUGAUCCUUUUUUUUUUCCUGAGAAUCCUGUAUAGCUUUGAAAACUGGAACUGCUGUAAUGCUCAGCAGUAAAAGUAAAAUCUGGCUGAUUUACUGAUUUCUGCAGAUAGUCACUAUAAACAUUCGUCCUUUACCAGUAUUUACAUUUUGCAUUUGGUUUAAACAGAAAAUUAUCGGUAUUCAAUAAGCUGUGACAUAAAAUGCUGAAUUAUCUUGUUGUUAGCAUUGUAAAAAUUGCAAAAUGAAUUAAAUUUGCAUACAUUUAUGGAAUAUAACAAAUGCCAACAUGUUUUGGGGUUUUGUUGAUUCACUGCAUACAGUCGGCUAAAUGAAUGCCUGUUUGCUCAUAAUUGUGUGCAAAAUGAAACAUUUCCAAACACUGCCAUGAUAAAAUUCAGUGUGCUUUUUACUAACACUUAUGAGUUUAAUCUUUGAAUGGAAGUAAAGAUCAUUUACAUCUAAAUUAGAGACAAACUGAUUUUUAAGACAGAAAGCAAUGCCAAUAUUUCAUGAUGUUCUGAUAUAAAUGAGUCAAUUUUUUUCAGACACAUAUAAAUGCUGAUAGAUAUUGGUUAAGCAAAAUAUCAACCAAUAAACUGUUGUAGGCCUAAUCCAGCUAUUUAUGUAAAAAAGAAAGAAAGAAAGAACUUAGCAAGAUUAGAAAUAUUCAUUGUGCCUGUUGCCAAACCUCUUCAAAAAAUAAGGCAACUUCAAAUAUAUAAAUAGCUAUAAAUUGAGUUAAUUGUAAAGUUGAAAUAAAGGUCAUUCGACUGAACUUGCUAUGGUGAAACUCUGCUUGCAGACAAAAAUGGAGCUUGAUAAUCAUUAGCUCAAGCUGAUGAUUAUCAAGCGUCAUGCACCAUCUAACAAAUUCAAAGUGUAGGUGUUGGAAAUGCAAAUAUUAUUGUUGCAGUUAUAUGUGGUAGUAAGUCCAAGACAGAAUCAAAGUUCAUAGUCAUCCCCUGACUAGCUACUCAUUUUGUUAGCGAGGCUAAAAAUAGCAAUGGACUAAAUUACCUUUGCAAACAUUGCAAUCAAGACUGGGUACACACACACACACACACACGUAGGUAGUAUGGUAGCUUUUAUUAACCUGUAUAUGCCUCACAUAUGUCUACUUAUUAUUUUGAGGAUUUGUUACACUAUGACUAGGAUAGUUCUGCUAAUCAGAAGCUUGGUGGUUGGACCUCUGGCUCCCUUAGUCUCGUUGUAUCUUUGGGUGAGACAGAUGAUUGAGGAAAAUGAUUCAAGUGCUCAAAAGAAGUAGAAAAGUAAUAGUUAUAUAUAAUAUUAAAAUUCCAGUCUAUUGGCCAUUUUGGCUGAAAAAUAUCCCUUUUUGUCUGAUAAUUUGAAAACGUCUUAAUGGCAACACAUAUUGUAUUAAACAAAUCUUUGGGAAAA